AUGGCAGCCAUGGACAUGCUGUCUGUGCAGCUGCAAUGGAAAGACAACCCAUUCCGUGGUGUGAAUAAAGCAACUAGCCGUGAGAUGUUUGAUCGAUGGGGUACCCUGAUCACAGUUGGAACAGGACUUUCAGGUAUCUGUAGUGGUUGUCUAUCUAAGCACAAACAAGCAGUUACGCACCAGACAGCGGAACAAUUACCACCUGGGGAUGUGCUCUCUAAGGAACAAGAAGAGCAGCAGUGUACAAUCAGUGAUUUCACAUCGCCGGCUGGUGUACCAUCUCUUAAACCCACCGACACAGAGUGCACUUCAGUUCAUGAGGGUGGUACUCUGUUUGGCUCAAAGCUUAAAGACGAUGCAGUUUAUACAGAGGAUCUCGGGGAUACCUCGAUAGAGAUUGUGAUGUCAGACAACGUACAAGAAAAAUUCAACAAACUGAAUGUAGAGGCAGAGCUUCAGGUGAGUGUCUUGACCGGUCUGAUCAAGUUGAGUGGAUCAGGAUCCUACCUUCAGGAGGAAAGAAAGAGUGCUAGAGCUCAAAGCAUGAGUCUAAUCUACAAGCUGAGAACAGUCAAUGAAGACUUCUCGCUUCGCCGUAACAAAGAUAAGAUCGACCCAGACAUUCUGUCACCUUCAAAUAGGCAAACCAUCAAUGCAACCCAUGUGGUUGUUGCUAUUGAUUGGGGAGCAUUUUGCGUGGUUACCUGUGAGUACGAAAACAGUGAAGAUAAAAUUGUCACUGAAGUCACAGAGGCCUUGAGCGCAGAGCUUGAAAAACUUAAAGGUUUGAUUGAUGUUAAAGAGUCCGCUAAAUCCUAUGAUGAUCAAAACACAGAUAAUCACAAAAAGUUCACCUUCAAAUACAAAGCGGAUGUGUCGGCUCCUGACAAAGAUCUACCUGUGACAUUCGAAGGUGCUGUUGAACUAGCGCGAAAUCUCCCACGUCUAGUUGAAGGUACAAACAAAGGGAAGGGGGUUCCAUUGCUUUACCAGUUAAUGCCACUGGAUGAUGUCAUCAAGAUGUGUAAGUUCCAGAUAGAACCUCAAAUACAAUACACAUCAAUCAAUGAUGACAUCAUCAAAAAGUGUGCACAGGCUGUGGAGGGAAUCACCAAACAGAGACAAUCUCUUUACGAUAUUCAAAAUGAUCUGCAUGCCAGCGCCAAAUAUGUCGCUGAAAGAUCUUUAGCUAUGAUCGAUGAUAUCCUAGAGAAGUUCAUUGUGCAAGAAUGUGGAUUUAAGUCUAAGCUUCAAGAUUUGGUGAAGAAAGUCAGGUCGGGAGUUGUAGAUGUCUCUGAAAUCGAGGCUUUCCAGGGUAAAGAAUCGUCUGGGGCAUUUUCCAGUUCCAAGUACAACGAUCACAUCACAGGAUUUAAAAAAGAUCUGAACAAGCUAAAAUAUAUCACAUCAUGGAAGAACAGAGGAAUCAUGUACAUCGGGAAAAAAGAUGAAGUCACCAUGGACGACAGAAAAUUUGUCUACACACUCUACAAGACUCGGGACAAGAAUGUAAAGAACGAUCUUGAUGAGAGAAAUUGGGAGCUCUUUUUGCGACUACAAAAAACACAUGCUCACGAUGACGACUUCAAAUUCAUUGUUGUGGACGAAGACCUAAGAGAGAAUAUUUGGCCACCAGGCGAAAAGAAGACAACCAUUCAUAGCUUUGUAAACGGGGUUCGAAAAUCGGCAGACCUGUACUCCGAAGAAGGCCAAGACUCUGAGAUGUGUCUGAUACAAAUCACUAGACCAGUCCACCGGCAAGUACGCCCACACAAACGAGCACAUGUUCAGCUAAUAUGCCCACAUGCUUUGGCCAGAAAUGGUCCAUGUUCACGCGACCCUGUCGCUUGGAAGUGUUACAGAUGCAGAGAGUUGUUUGAAUAUGGCAUGGAAACUAAACUGUUUUACUGCAAAUGCGGAGAAUCUGACCCCAACAAAUCAUUCUGGCGUUGUAAUGAGGAGGAUCACGGCAUGAAAUACAUCGAGUAUCCACAAAAAAAUCUGUCUGUGGGGUUGUCAUAUCUUCGGGCCAUAAAGGAGAGAAACAUCUUGAUCUUGGGUGAGACAGGCGUUGGAAAAUCUACGUGGAUAAACGGUUUUAUUAACUACCUUUACUAUGCUGAUCUUAAGGAAGCUAUGAAUGCCAAGGAAUUCCAGGUUUUAAUACCGUCCAGUUUCACCUUUACACAGCAAGGGAAUGAAAAGAUGAUAAUGGUUGGGGAAAGCGACAACAAUGAGAACAUGGAAGCUGGGAAAUCUGCAACCAAAGAGCCUCGUCCAUAUGUCUUCAACGUAGGAGGGGAAAUCAUUCGCUUGAUUGACACGCCAGGAAUAGGAGAUAGUGAAGGUAUACAACAAGAUCGAAAAAACUUUGACAAAAUACUAUGGCUUCUAACUUACUAUGAUGAGAUUCAUGCUGUUUGCAUACUUCUCAAGCCUAACAAUUCACGUCUAACAGCAAUGUUCCGCUUUUGCAUCCAAGAACUCUUAGCCCAUCUGCAUUCGUCGGUCAAAGACAAUAUUGUAUUCUGUUUCACCAAUGCUCGAGCUACAUUUUACCAGCCUGGAGACACCUUGCCUACCCUCAACAGAGAGCUCAGGAACAAACAGGUUGGAAUUCAAGCUACUCCAAGGAACUACUUCUGUUUUGAUAACGAGCCUUUCCGCUUUUUGGCUUGUGUGAAAAACGGGGUGAAAUUUAGCGAAGUAGAUGUAAACACUUACGCUGAAAGCUGGAAAAGGUCUGUUGAAGAAACCAAGAAGCUAUUUCAGCACAUCAGCUCUUUGAAGCCCCAUGCAACUAAGAAAACUUUAAGUAUGAAUGAGGCUCGAAGAAUCAUCGUGGCCAUGAGCAAACCCUUGACAGAAGUGGCCAAGACAAUCCAAACAAAUGUACAGGAAGGCAAAGAAGAAAAGAUACAAAUUGAUCUGUUCGACAAAGAUAUGGACAGCUUGAAGGCUAACCUAAAGUUUAAUGGAUUUGACCUUAGGCGCGUAGAGCUAGACUAUCCUAGAACAGUCUGUACUGAUUCAAAAUGUGUCAGAUAUGUCCCAAUCGGUGCGAGUAGUACGAACAACACAAUAUACGAGCAAAUAUGCCAUCAUCGUUGUUACCUGGGCGGACUUCCAACGGAAACAAUAAAUGAUGCAAGACUACAAUAUUGUUUGUGCAUGGACAGGAAUAAUUAUUGUUCGCAGUGUGACCACCAUUACACCACUCAUAUGCUUAUCUCGUACGACAUUGAGGUUUACGCCAAGGAGUUCCUUUCUGAAGGCGUUCAAUCACAAAUCAAUCAAAAGAAAAGCGCUAAAGAAACCAAGGAAGCUAUCAAAGAAGCAAUUGAAACCAAAAAUGCGGAAUUGAUGGAAGAGGAAGAAAUCAUCAUGAAAACUAGCGCCAAGUAUGGCUCAUUCCUCAAAGCAAAUGCUCUCAUACUCUACAAUGACGCAGUUGGAGACUGUCUUGACAUGUCUAUUAAAGAGGAGGGAGACAAACCAAAGGAAAAACGAAAUGACACUCUUUUGACUACCAUGAAAGAAAUGAAGGCACAAUAUGAACAGGAAAGGAGAAUUUUGGAUAAGGCAAUCAAAGAAGGUGGUGGCGAAAACAUACACACUCCAGAGGAAGUGAUGAAGCUUCAGGAAGAGCUCUUUGACCUAAAGCAUAUGGGACAGACAUUGAAAGAUCUCUUCGAUGGGAUUUCCAUCGCACACUCUGCCAGAAACAUGGCAUUCAAAGAGACGAUUGUCCCCACUCCACAAAAUUGCAAGAAAAAAGGGGAAAAAAAUUGGAAAUUACCUUCUUUAAUGGUGUCGUUAAUAAACCGCUUCAAAUAG